AUGUCCAAGAAGUCAUGGCGCGGCUGCGGCAAACAUAUCCCGGCCGCCAUGUCCGGGGUCCCGGAGGACGAUUGGUGCUCAUGUGACCCCAAGGUUGAGGUCGAUGGCAAGGCGUACCCCCCUGCCGCCCGCGUGGCUAUCCCUGGGGCGUCCUGGCUGAGCGGACUCGUCGGGGGCGGCGGUGGGCAGAAGAAGGAGGGGAGGGAUGAGCUAUGA